GUGAUUUCACUGCAGUUGUCUUUUCUUAGCAAUUCGUGUUUUAAAACAUCAGUGGUUACGUACAGGUUUAUUUUCUUUAAAGCAUGCAUGUUGUCAAGACAAAUAAUAUGUACGUGGAAGCAUGUAGCUACUCUACGGCUCCCAGUGGAUGCGCAUUUCAUUUUUCGAAAACAUAACUGGGCAAAGAGUAUGGAUGAUACAGUUUUUGCUGUGCAGGUUUAGGGCAUACGCGGACGAUACUGAAUGCCGAAAAACAACGCCACGUCAUAGUAUCAUGACGCGUAGUAAAAAAGUGACCGAGGAAGCGAAGGCGACAACGUUAGCUAUAUUGAAAAAUGUGAGGACUAGUAACAGUACGCCGGAGGAAACGAAGGAAAAUAAAAAGCAGCAGCAGCAGGAGCAGCAGCAGCAGCAGCCGCAGCAGCAGCCGCCGGCCAAGCCGGCGGGCGAGAAGGCAGGGAUAGAGACGCAGGACGGCUGCCGCUACGAGGGCUUCCCGCGGGCCGAGCGCAACUACCAGCUGCCGUGCGCGCAGUACAAGACCGAGAAGGGCUACAAGUGCCCCAACUGCCAGCGCUGCUACAACGCGCGCAAGAACCUCGUGCGCCACGUGACGCUGGAGUGCGGCCGCGAGCCGCAGUACAAGUGCCCCUACUGCGUCUACAGCAAGCACCGCCGCAACGAGCUCAAGAAGCACAUCGACAAGAAGCACCCCGACACCCAGCACGCCGCCGACCAGCGCCGCCACCUCAAGCCGGUCUAGCCUCGCCGCACCGCUGCAUUACUAUAUAGUGCCUUAUCUACACUCUAUAUCUAAACUAUACUGAAAACUAUUUUCUGAUCUUCCCUUUUAGAUGGUAUUGAAAUUUCAUAAAUUUUAUAUGAACAUUGUUUUAAUUAUGUAUUGAAUUUAAUUGAUAUUCAAUAUUUUGAACAAUUAAAGGAGUAAAUUUU